GUUGAUUUCUGCCCUGCAUCAUGCGCCAUCGCCUUGCGUUCCGUCGGCUGGGCCGUCCCACCGAGCACCGUCUGGCGCUUCUCCGCAACCAAGUGACGUCUCUGAUUGAGCACGAACGCAUCCAGACCACAUUGCCCAAGGCCAAGGAACUCCGCCGUCUGGCCGACCAAGUGAUCACUUUGGCCAAGCAAAACGACCUGCCCGCGCGUCGCGAAGCCGAGUCGAUCAUCCGCACCAAGCCCAUGUUUGACAAGCUCUUCGACGUGUUGGGUCCUCGCUACGAAGACAGAGCAGGGGGAUACACACGCAUCCUCAAGAGCGGCUUCCGAUAUGGCGACAACGCUGAGAUGGCCGUCAUCGAGUACAUCGACCGGCCAGGCGAGCUCCGACGCCCUCGCCCCGGCAACGCCAAGAAGACCGAUUAGAUCUGUAAAGGAAUACUACAUAAACCCCCCAACAAAACCAUGUUGAGAUAUCCAA